GCGAGCUGAGCGGGAGAGAAGCGCAUCGCGGGAGGCAGGAGCAUCUCCCCGCUCCGGCUGCUCGGGGCUGAGCGAGGCGAGAGCGGCGCUCCCGGCGCACGGAGCGAGUCCUGCUCUGGCAAAUGAGCUCUGCCAGAGCCGGAGGGGCACAGCGGCGUUCCCGAGAUGCUGUCCCGCUUUGUGUGGCUCGCCCUUCCCCACCUGGCUAAAGCCUUUGUGACCGCAGCAAAGUUGCCCCUCAAUGGGAGCCUGGAGGAGACUGUGGUAGUCCCGAACGUGUCGGGUUUCUUUUCCUGGGACAACGAGAGCCUGGCGGACUGGCAGAGCUUUGUGGGCAGGAGCCGGUACGGAGCGGAGUCGCAGAGCCCCACGGUGAAAGCGCUGCUCAUCGCCGCGUACUCCUUCAUCAUCGUCUUCUCCCUCUUCGGCAAUGUCCUGGUCUGCCACGUUGCCAUCAAGACGAAGCGGGUGCACUCCGCCACCAGCUUGUUCAUCGUGAACCUGGCGGUGGCCGAUAUCAUGAUCACGCUCCUCAACACACCUUUCACGCUGGCUCGUUUUGUGAACAGCACCUGGAUCUUUGGGAAGGGGAUGUGCCACGUCAGCAGGUUUGCACAGUACUGCUCCCUCCACGUCUCUGCCCUGACCCUUACAGCCAUUGCUGUGGACAGGCACCAGGUUAUAAUGCACCCCCUGAAGCCUCGCAUAUCUACCGGAAAAGGUCUUGUCUACAUCUCUGUAAUCUGGAUCAUGGCAACUUGUUUUUCCCUACCGCAUGCUAUCUACCAAAAGCUCUUUACCUUCGAAUACAGUGAGGAUGUUACCCGGUGCCUGUGUCUGCCAGAUUUCCCUGAGCCUGCUGACCUCUUUUGGAAGUACCUUGAUUUAACAACCUUCGUUUUGCUCUACGUCCUGCCCCUUCUGAUCAUCUCUGCUGCCUACUUGACGGUGGCAAAGAAGCUCUGGCUGCGCAAUGUCAUCGGGGACGUCACCACCGAGCAGUACCUCGUCCUCCGCAGGAAGAACAAGAAGACCAUCAAGAUGCUGAUGCUCGUUGUCAUCCUCUUCGCAGUUUGCUGGUUCCCCUUGAAUUGCUACGUCGUCCUCCUCUCCAGCCAGACCAUCCACACCAACAACGCCCUCUACUUCGCCUUCCACUGGUUUGCAAUGAGCAGCACCUGCUACAACCCCUUCAUCUACUGCUGGCUCAACGACAGCUUCCGAGCGGAGCUGAAGGCUCUGCUCAACGUGUGCAGAAAAGCCCCCAGGCCCACGGAGCAGAGGCUCCCCUCCACAGUCCCCUCCUACCGACUGGCUUGGCCAGAAAACAGCAAUGUCAAGAGGCUGCAGGCCUCCCAUGUCCUUCCACCAUCCUCCACCAUCCAGUCAGGAAAGACAGACAUCUCUGCAGUUGAGCCAAUAGUAGCUGUGAGCUAAACGGUGACCUUGGACUGCACAGAGAUUUGGCAAGAGCUAAAAGGGUGGGAAGAUGUGGAGCCCUGGCCACACAACAGGUGAUAAAACCAAGAAGGAGGUUCUGCAGGAGGCAGUAUGAAAGAACUGCAUGUUUGGGGCAGGCUGAUGAUAAUGGUGUGGAGACUCUAGCGGGGAGAAAGUAAACUUUUUCCAGGAAGGAACUUUUGUCUUUGUUGGGGUGACUUUGGACUGGCUCGCAGGAUGGGAUUCUCCGCAUGUGUGCUGCUGUUGCCUGCAUGACUAAGGCUUUUUAGAACUAGGACUGUGGGUGUGUUUUCCUGGUGCUUAAACAACAGUGUCAUCACAUCAGAUCUCCCUUCCCCUUUUCUGAGUCUCCUCUUGGCAACAUGGAAAUGGUUGAGAUGUAGACCUUUAUGUUGCUGUCUGAGACCCAGUGCAGCUGGGUAGGAAAGCAUCCUUUCUGAACUGAGGUCUGAAAAGUCAAGACCUGUUCGGAGUGAAUGAACAGAUCUAUUCCAUAAAUCCUUUUUUAAGAUUGAUUUGAAGAAAAGUGGAUGCCUAUUCUUCAAGUAAGUAGGUGGCUUUUCUUCAAAUAGAUAACUAAACCCAAAAUCAUACAAAGAGUUGGACAUGCCAUUCACUGUUGGAGAAUGGAUAAUUAAGAGCAUCUCUCCAUCAUUGUCAAGUUGCAGCUCUAGGAUCACACAGUUCGACUUUUUAACUUGCCUUUGAAUGUUGGUCUCUUAGCCUGUAAAGCACCUGUGUACUUGUCACUUCAGACAUUCGGGACAUUUCAUUCCAAGUAAGAAGUCAGCUCGCUGAAAUGAGUUCAUAAAUGAACUGCUUUGAGAGAAGAGAUGAUAUCUCAGACAGCAAGACAUAAAGGUGGAACAUUUGACUGCAAGUUAUCCUCUGGUGAUGACACAAUUUUGGUGCAUUUAAGGAUAGCUGAGAUGUGUCCUGUUUGAAGUGGCUAAGAAAAUUCAUGACUGCAAGUGUCUGAAGUAGAUUUCAGAACGUAAUGUUCUUAGCAGAAGAAAAUAUGGGUUUGAACAAUAAAAAAAAAAGGUGUUCCAAAAAUAGGAAAACAGUACUUCCUCAUGCUGUGGAA